AUGGACCAGCCGGUCCCUCUAGAGAAUUUCGCCCUCACAUCGCCUCCGCCUCCCGCUCCUGCUCCAGCAUCACAUUUCCCGCAGCGGCUCCUAGGAGCCCCGCUUUCAGUCUCAACCACGGUUCCACCUCUAAGAUUAGCACCGGCAACAGCAUUAGCAUCACAGGCAGAGUCACCAAUAGGCGAUAAUAGCCUCGACAGCCCAGCGAGCAGCGAUUACGGAUCCGACUUCUCCCCCGACGAGAUAGAGGUGCUGAAUCUGCUCCUGGCGAAGAUUAGAGCGGAUCACGAGAAUUCAGGAACUGUUCCCGGUUCUUCUUCAGGAGCUGCUACGCCUGCCCGUGCACCUGUCGCGGUUUCUGCGAGUGGAGACGGCAGUGCUUCUCUCGCGACGGCUGCUGCCGCUGAGAUAACCGACCAGCUACCGAAGACCCCCGUCUUACUGCUGCCGGAUAUUGAGGAUUAUGCGGGUGUGUCGAGUAGCAGAUCACCUAAGGUUUUGGGGAGGAUACAAUGGAGUUUUAGUUCACAGAGGACUGGGUGGGGGAUGCGUUUGUUUACCGAUGGGAGGGGUAGGGGUAGGGGUAGGGGAAGCAUGGAGCAGGGGAUUGGCCGUUGGGGUGCUGAGCACGAAGGUUCACCCGAAGGUAGGCAGAAGGAUAGACAGAGAGAUCGGGAGCGGGAGUUGCAGCAGAUAGCCGCGGAGCAGAAUAUACAGAGGGCGAGUGCGAAUGGAGAUUCGAAUGGUCUGGUUGCUCAAGAUAAGCGAUCCCCCCUUGAACGGUUCCGAACCCGGCCAAGAAAGGCUCUGUCGGUUACGGAUUUGGUGUCUCCUGCCUGGUGCGAGUUACAGUAUUGGUAUACAUUGACGAAAUUUGGACGCAAGAGGGCUACACCGGCUAUGAAACAGGGGACCAUAGUGCAUAAAGAGUUGGAGGAACAGGUCCAUACAACCGUUCCUGUCGAGGUUAUGACUAAGGAAGACGGAUGGGCUUUACGACUUUGGAAUGUUAUACAGGGGCUACGUACGCUCCGUGUUUCGGGGAUGACGAGGGAGUUCGAAGUCUGGGGGAAUGUCGAUGGAGAAAUCGUGACGGGAGUAAUUGACCAACUCUCUUACGAGUGUCCCGACCAUGAGCUAGACGCAUUAGCGGAGGCGCAUUAUGCGGAUUUUAGAACUUCUAAAUCGUUGUUUCCGGAAUACCAGACUUCCAUUACGGAAUUCUUCCUAUCUCCGGCUAGUGGUGGGAGAAGGUUGUCUGACAUAGGAGUGCCGAUUUCUGAACAAAACAUGGCCCCCUCAGCGACGACACCUUCAACGUCUUCAAGUCUUCAGGGGAAGAUAUACCUCACGGACAUCAAGACGCGCGGGAAAAGCAGUGGUUCCAUUCCCUCUGUCAGCAGCACCAGCUUUCGUCCUACCCACGUCCAACUACAGCUAUACUACCAUUUCCUCACCCGACUCGUUACCACAGACGAUGUCACCAUCGAAGCCAUCGCUUCACGAUAUGGUCUCCAAACAGAGCAGCCAUUCUCUGACUCCUUCCUCGCCCAAAUAGGCGACCUUGAUGAGGAAUUGUUCGACGCGUCACAUGAUUUAGACGCGGAUUAUAACCCUCCAUCGUCAGGUGCAGAAGCCGGUGGAGAAGGAUCACGGCCCACUAGCAGCCUAGACUCAAUGACCAUGCUCCUAGAACACAACUGCCUCUCCAGCCUCUGGAAGCUCAUGAAAUCUCAACUCCGUCUUACAUUCCUCCCCCGAAACUCCAAAACACCACCAACAAUAAUACCUAUGCCAUAUCAAUCUCAACCUCAACCUCAACCCCAUCCUCAACCCCAACCCACCAACAACCUGCUCCAAGAUACCCCAUCCCUAACAACCCUCCUCUCCCCCGUCCUAACAGUCACCUAUAUGACCCCAUCCACUACCUCCGAUGAACAAAUGCAAUACCGAGGCAGCCGCUCCUUCCUCUUCAACCCUCCUUCCCUCUACAACUACCUAGCUGACGAAAUGCGCUGGUGGCGCGGGCAAAGGCCGGCGCGCGGCGUGCAGGUGAUGGAGGCGUGGAAAUGCGGGAUUUGUGAGUUUCGGGAGGAGUGUACGUGGCGGAGGGAGAUGGAGGAGCGGAUGGCGGUUUAUAAGAGGAAGAAGAGGGAGGUGCGGAGUGAGAGUGGGAAAGGGAAGGGGAAUGGGGAUGGGGAGGCGUCAUUGGUGGCUGAUUAA